CUGCUGUUCUUUGCAUUUGUUUUCAAAAAAUGACUCAUUAAUAUGAGAAUUGUGUUUAAAGAUUAAUUAUUUUGGGAAGCUUCGCUAGAUAUAUAUUGGAAGAUGUCGCAACACAAAUCGAAAUGGAAUGUUGGUAAGAUUGACAGCAAUAAUAAUCCUGUGGCAGGAUCCACAAGCGGACAGCAGAAUGCACUGCACGUAGAUACGCACACACACACACAUCCAAACAGGCGUGUUGAGCUCGUGUCAAAACAGACUGAAAAAGUAUUGGUUCCGUCGUCGUUUUUAAUCAGUUUUAUAUGCGAAGGAAAAAGUACUGUAUGAACUUUUUCCCUCCGCAAUACGAAGGACCGAUUACGGCAGAGAUAGCGGAUUAUUUCGUAAAUAUUUACAACGAUUCCUUGCUUUCGAAAGUGGCCAAAGUGUAUUGCAAAAUGGGCCGGAAUCCGUGCCGCGUCGGAAGUGAAUGAAUUUUGGCCGUUUCGCCAACGGUUAAAGUGUAAAAAAAGUGAUUUUAUGUCCGGCUCCUUGCGAGCGAGCUGGGCCAGAAGUGUUCAACCAGGCAGUCUACUAACGCGAGACGCCAUUUUAGAAUUUUUAUUUUGCCUGGCUACCUUUGGUGAAGUUGUUCGUUUCGCUGUGAAGUGAACGAUGGGUUCUCUUUUCAAUUGAUUUAUAGCUUUUGAAAAUGUGUUCCGUUCAGAGAAUCAAGAAUCAGCAAACAAGUGCAUUAUUAGAGUACAGUGCGAGGGGAUUUGUGAAGAAAAAUCCUGGUACAUUCUGUGUAGUGGCUGCAAUUUCGGAUUAGGAUAAAUAGAUGCAGCGAGCUACGAGAUGGAACGUUAAUUUAGGACCUUCGGCGCGUUGUUAUCCAAUUAGACUGUUGAUUGGUUAGCAAAAAGCAAGCAUUUUAUGCGUCUGGCUGUGUGUGUGUUUGUGCUUUUUUUAUAUAUAUCGAACGACGAAACUAAGGAAAAGUUUUCCCCGAUUACUGCAACAGUAGGCCUUGACUGGUAACAAUGACGACGGUGAAAACUCCGCCGGUGGAAUCAAAACCACCCGGCAAAUCUCCUCUGUCGUCCUCGUCGUCGUCAUCGUCGUCCUCGGAUUCGGAUGAUGGGUCGGAUUCCUCUUCGGAUUCUGAUUCCUCGUCAGUUGCUUCUACCAGUAAGACGAGCAGCAAGCAAAGCACCGACAAACAGCAACAGCAGCAGCAGCAGCAACAACAACAACAACAGCAACAGUUCAGCGUGACGAGCUCCGACAGCGCCGGGCUUCGGAUGAAAAUCGCCAUCCCUCGAAAUCAAUCCAACUCAACGCCGACCCCAUCGCCUUCCGGUGGGAUCGGUACCAGUACUGCUGCCACAAUCAACACUCCGAAUCGUCCGGGAUCAUCGGCUAGUGAUGUACAGAAGUUGGCUCCUGCUCCGGUGGUAGCAUCACCGAUUAGUCCGGUACUAGCAGCGAUGAGUGCAACCGCGAGUCUCGAGAAAAUUCGUCCAGGAACAAGCUCUUCAUUGUCUAAACCGGAAAGUCGCACAUCGACUAGAAAAAGUAGUAAAAGCGAUUCCAGUUCCGAGAGUUCGUCGUGUUUCUCAAAUUUCAGCGACAGUGACAGCGACAGCAGCAGCUCCGACAAUCAAGCGGACGGCAGCAAGAAAGAUGACUCGGCAGGAACUGGACAGAAAAAACACAAAUUUGUCAAGAGGAAGAAGAGCAAUCGAAGUGUAUCGACAAGUAGCAGUAGUGAAGGAAGUGAUGAGUCCAGUGUUUCAGAUUCCAGUAGCGAUGAGAACCAGGAUAAGGAUAGAGAUGCCAACCAGGAUGCGUGCCCACAGAACAAUUCAGUUCCAGAGAAACUGCCUCUGUCGGAUGUUAAUCCGGCUUCCUCGCAUCCCGCAUCAGGUUCGAUGCCAGAUGCCGAUGCCGGUUCCUCAUCCGAUAAUGAACUUCCUGCGCUGGUGAAUGCCGCGAUUAUGCGUGUGGCCGAAAGUGGUUCUGAUGGUGAAAGCUGUCGCGGAACGCCAUCGGCUAUUCCUCAGUACACUUCUAGUUUACUUCGGGAUUUUGUGGCAAAAACCAGUAUGCUCGGUAGUGGAGGAGGUUCCGCAGAAACGGCAACCUCCGCAGCUUCUGCAGAGGUACAUAAAAUCAAGACUGAAUCACCCAUCCCGAGUCAAGGUGGUAGUGCAAACAUGAUGGGCUCUAGUAACAACAGCAACAGCAACGCAGUUAACGCAAAUGGACUAGCGUCUAAGCCGGCGCCAAUUGUUCCUAUAAAACGAAGAGGUAGGCCCCCGAAAUCAGCCAGCAAUACGGCACUCGUUGCUGCUGCGAAAGCUCCUACUCCAACGGUUAGCGAAUCUCCUGACUCGGGCAUACUUUCCACGCACAGUUCCACAGGUUCUCCUAAAACGGAUAAAAAAAUUGCAGUGGCCAACAGUCAAAAGCGACGCACCGAAACCGAACCAUGUAGUAGCGGUGCUACAAGUAGUAAGAAUGCAGUCGUUGCGCCACUGAAUAAAUACACCAUAGCUAGUUUGGAUCGAAAUACCUACGCGACGGAACGAGUCCUCUAUCCUCCAAGAGGCAAGAAAAAGCCAGGUAGACCCGCUAAAGAGAAACAACCACCGGCAGCAGCCGCCGAAGACAAUCUCGAUCCGUUGUGGAAAAAGAUCGACAUCAGCCAAAAGUUUCAUGAACCUCGGCUCAGUGGCUAUAAAAGUGAUGGCGGUCAUUCAACGAUUUGCUGCAGUAAACGGUUGGCUUCGCAAAGUGGUUACAUUAGCGAUUACGGUGGCAGCAGUCAUCGGAAAAGUCGUUUAUCUGGCUACAAAUCGGACUGUAGUACGAAGUCGAGAAAAAGUUGUGGCUACAAAAGUGAUUACAGCGUCAAAGCCAAAAGCUGCGGCUAUCGAAGUGACUGCAGUACUCGCCAACGGAAGCAGGUUCGACGGAAACGACGAAAGAAGUUGGUACCGAACAAUAAUAAUUUGAACAAUAAAAACUUUAACCAGAGCAGUAAAUCUUCGAGUGUUAGCGAACAGGACAUACUGCAGCUGGCCGGACUUACGUUGGGGAGCACAAGCGAGGAAAGCAGCAGUAGUCAGGAGUCUUUACUAUCCGUUAAUGCAGACGCCCCAUUUAGCAAAGCACUUCAAAUCUCCAACGAUCAAUCGAACAGUAAAAACAGUAACAUACCUACUCUUUUGACGGCGAAGAAUCGUGUCAAUCAUUUGCUUCCAAUUAAUAACUUCAAGGGCAUUUUCUCUUCGUUGAGCCGUUUCGGAAGCGCUGACACUUUUUCUUCCAACAUCAGUCCGAAGAAUUCAUUCGCUGCCUUCCUCAAGAGCAAUCGCAAUAAGGAUAAUGGGAAGGUCAACGUACGGAAGUUACCCCUGUCCAAGGCCAACGUUAUCAGGAACUCGGAGGAGUGCAGUAAACGGUUUCAGCGAAGUACCAGUCAAGAUUUGCUGAGUCGAAUAACGAAUGCGGAUAUCCCGAAAGCUUCACCAGCCAAAUCAGUUUGUUCCAAACGAAGUCGGCGGAAGAGUUGCCAUAGUGACCGAUUGGAUACGGCUUCCGUCAAGAGUUCCGGUACGACCAUUCGUCAGCGAAGGCUAAGUACGAUGAGCCGAUGUAGCAGUAGAUCUGCCGGGUCGAGACACCCCUGGAGGAAAAAGAAAAGGAAACGGCUACGUUCCAAUUCCGUAGCGGGGAAAUCGUCGGCCGACAUCAAGCUAGGAAUGGAAAUCGAACGAUUAAAUGAGUCGUUCGGUAGUCAGUGCCGCAUAAGCUCAGAGGGAAGAGCGAAGGACGGAUUGCUGGGUAUUGGGGCAGCUGCAUUAGCCGGUGCGGCUGCCAAAAAUCAGCAGAAAGGGCGUUCCACCAAAAAACGGAAGGCCUCGGAACAUGUGGAAUCUCCGUCGUCAGCUGCCACGGGUACAAAGCGACGCAACAAAAAAUCUCUACCUACGCAGAGUCCUGACGAUCACAAGUUGCCACUGAAGAAGCGACACUAUCUACUAAGUGAACAAACGGCGAAGGGAAAUGAUAGCGGAGCAGAGAAGGACGAGACCAAGAGUCAUUCUGUGAUUCAUUCGUGUGCUGCUGCGAGUGGCCGAGCAUCGACAUUGACGGUGGCUUCAGGUUCAUCGACAUCUGCCUCGGUAACCGUUUCAUCCAAGGAUCUUACAAAAGCUGUGACGCCAAAAAAGCGACAUCUCCUAAAAUCACCAGAACCGGUUAUCAUCGAGGAGAUCGUUCAAAUCAAAUCUAGCGAUUCUCCGUUGCCGGUUGAAGCCAGGUUGGCUGCUGAGCUCGCUGCCGUCGAUACCGGUCAUAGUCAUCCGAAAAAGAGCGAAACAAUUUCUAGGAAGAAGAACCGGUUGGAAGGUCUGGUAUCGAAAAUACAACCGACGGCCACGGUUACUGCGAUUCUGGCAGAUAACAAUAUAUUGGCAGCAACCAAUCAUCGCUCGACGCCCCAUGCUCGGCCUACUGUGAUCCACACGUCUUCUUCCUCAGCUGCCAAUGCGCCUCCACCGGGAGUAUUCGAGCCAACGGUCGAUCUGGAGCUUUCGAUUCCUGCUUCAAUUCCUUCUCUGAUUGCCAAAGUCGAACUAUUGGAUAGUCCACGAUUGAAGGAAACUAUUUCCAAGCUGGAAGGUGAGGAUAUUUCGAGAAAAGGUUCCGAAAAAGUAAUUGAAUCGCUUCUUACCAAAACAGGAGCCCAUCUGUUGCUGAAGAAAAAGCGCAAGAAACCGAAUCGAACCGGUUUUCCCACAGUCAAAAAGAAAAAAAGGAAAUUGGUUGAAAAGGAUCCGUCCGAUGAGGAACAGAAACCGGAGGUUGGUCCUGAAUUGUUCGAUUCUUCCAACUUGACGAAACAUGUGCCAUCGGAAGCAGAGAGGGCAGCUAAAGAAAAGCACCACAAAGAAGGUCCAAAAAAUUGUGACCGUGUGCCAAAGGAGGGUGAACCGACAGAUACUUUCAUCGAACGGAACACACGUCCCCGUUUGUCGGUGGUGAGUCUGGAACGUUUGCAAGGAAAAAUUCCGAUGAGUGGACGGGAACCGGCCGCGACUCCAACGGGUAGUUCUGGACGAGGACGAAAAUCAGCUCUUUCUUCUGCUGCAGAAUCCCCUAACGCACGAGGUGCUCCUGCAGAAAGAAGGCAACUCAGAGAAAAAUCCAGAGAUAAAAGUGAACCGGAAAGAAAAAGUUCCAAAUCAAAAGACAGGAAAUCUCGUCUCGGGGCAGAGUUACCGGUUAAGCUACCAGACAAAGAUUUGGCAGUGAAAAGUCACAGACAAAAAGAAAAAAUUGUCGUUAUUCCGGACAAACUUUCCAAACUUCGAGACAAAUUUACGGAAACACCGCGCCUUGAAAAGUCGUCUAAACGAAGCGAUAGGCCACCGGCAGAAGCACUCACGGAUAAAUCCACUAGAAAGAAGGAAACUCUUCCUGAAUCUCAUACUCCAAGUGAAAAGGUUUCGCAAAGGCAGAAGGAAGCACAGGAAGAGUCGUCCAAGAAAAGUUUGAAACAAACGGAAACGGCCGAAGCCUCUCCGAGUGUAGCGAGAUCGAAUGAGAAAUUAACGAAAAACAAGGAGAAUAAGUUACAGACCAUGAAAGUAAAGGCACUGGCAGUUCCUCCGAGUGUAGCGAAGUCAAACGAGAAAAUGGCUAAAGAGAAGGACAGCAAAUUACUGAGUCCUAAACAAAAAGAGAAACUUCAGCCCGAGUCAGAAGUGCAUCUGAAUGUUGGUAAGUCGAACGAAAAACUGGCAACGAAAGAGAAAGAAAGAAAAUUACUAACCUUGAAACAGAAGGACAAACAUCCAGAAUCGGAAGUUUCGCCGAGCGUAGAGAAAUCGACUGACAAACCGGCGAAAGAAAAGGAAAAUAAACUACUUUGCUUAAAGCCGAAAGAAAAACCGUCGGAAAUUCCUACGAGUGAUGUCAAAACAAGCGACAAAACGACUAAAGAAAAGGAAAAUAAGCUACCGCUUCCGGCACCGAAGAAAGCGAAAAUUUCCACUGAAGCAAGUGCUGCCCCGCUACCGGUGCGCAGAACCCGCAGCUGUUCCAUCGCUCUAGACUCGAUGGAGUUGGCAGCGAAGCGGAAAGCCAGUCAAGACAACGAAAUCGUACUGAAGAAUGCCGUCAUCAAACUGCAACCUUGCAUGAUAUCGAACGAAGAUUCCGACAGCUUAGAUUCCAUGCCACUUCUGAAGCGUCUCCAAUCUCGCUCAAUAUCCAGACAGCAGAAGCAUUCGAUUGUUUCCGAAACUCUUGUAACUUCCCCCAAAGCACCGAGUCGACUACGAGGCCGGCCACGGACCGCAUCCCCAAUACCUGCUGCCGAAACUCCUCCCAUCCCCGUUACACCGACCUUGUCCGAACAGCUGAGCAAGCUGAGACGAUCGCGAAUGAGCGUUGUUGACACGGCGAGACGUCAAGAGGUAGACCAUACGCCAGUAGCAAUGCCUUGUAUUAAAGAAACUAGGUCGGCUGCCGCAAGGAAAUCUUUUACUAAGGAUCCACCCGCGGAACAACAGCACUUGGAUAUUCCACCGGUGAAGAUAAUCAUUUCGAAAAAAGACCAGAAAGCAGUAGCUUCAGCCGUUGCUGUUGAAAAACAAUUUGAAACUGUGAAGAGUCCACAGCCGACCGAUAUAGUAGAAAUGAACGAGGAUCACUCCAAGAAUCGAUCUUCGAGUAGAAUUGAUAUCGUCCUGGACAAGAUUAGAAAGGAACAGAAAAAACCUGAGGAAGUUGCAAGUGUUAAGCUAAAACGGAUGAAAAGUGACGAACCCAAGGCAGACGAGGAAAAACCGAGCAAAAUAUUGAAAAAGAAUUCCACGGAACUGACCGCACAGAAAGUGGUUGUUCCGUUGGUUCCCGUGGAUGUGCAUAAAUUCGACUUAGAGGAAUCUAUCACUCAACUGUCGAAGAUACAGCCGGCUUCAUCUACGGAAGAUUUGGAACAUGAUCCGCUUCCGGCGGACGAAGGACCACCGGAUUAUUUCCGUAACGAGACUCCCUCGCCAGCUGUGGAUGGUAAAACGAAGAAAGUGCCUCGUAAAAAAUAUAUCACCGCCGGGCUUUUCUCCGAUUGCUACAAAGAUGACGGCAAAGUGUCUGGUCGAAAUAUUCCGAAAGUACAACCGGAAACGCUUCUACCGCCACCGGCCUACUGUGAGCGGUUUCUUCGUAGAACCCAACGGGACUUCCAAUUGCCGUUCGAUCUGUGGUGGUUACACGACAACGGUAAACUUACAGCCCGACAUACAGUGGCAAGUUGGAACUACAGAAAAAUCCGAACGAACGUUUAUUACGAUGUCAAGCCGAACCCGUCUACCGAUCAUCCGCAGUGUAACUGCAAGCCGGAUAGCGGCUGCCAGGACGAUUGCCUAAACCGGUUAGUAUAUGUCGAAUGUAUGACGGAAAGCUGUCCCUGCGGAGAUCGUUGUCGAAACACGAAAAUUCAGCGGCACGAGUAUGCACCGGGAUUGGAACGGUUCAUGACCGAACAGAAGGGUUGGGGCAUUCGUUCGAAGGAGGGCGUUAAGAAGGGAACAUUCAUCAUGGAAUACCUGGGAGAGGUUGUUACCGAUAAGGAAUUCAAGGAACGGAUGCGAACAAUCUAUCUCACCGACAAUCAUCACUACUGUCUGAAUCUCACCGGUGGCCUUGUAAUCGAUGGUCACCGAAUGGGUAGUGACUGUCGCUUCGUUAAUCACUCGUGCGCCCCAAACUGCGAGAUGCAAAAAUGGUCCGUCAAUGGGCUCUUUAGAAUGGCCCUGUUUGCAUCCCGUGAUAUUCCAGCCAAUGAAGAAUUGACGUACGACUAUAACUUCUCGUUGUUCAAUCCAUCCGAAGGACAACCGUGCAAAUGUGAAACAAAGCAGUGUCGCGGUGUUAUCGGAGGUAAAUCCCAGCGAAUCAAACCGCUUCCGGUGGUCGUCGAAGCGAAAAACAUCGCUGAGGCUGUGGCUGUUUCAACAACCGCCAAUCCACCAACGAUUUCGACCACCGAAACAAGCCCACGAAGUGCUGCUCGUUCACGAAAACGUCAAGCAAAGAAAAAUGCUCCACUAACGCAGCUCAACGGUCAACCAUUGCCAAACUUUGUUGCACCGACGGUCAAGGAACGCGCUCUGAUCGUGGAACAUCAUUGUUUCCUGAUGCGAAAUCUCAACAAAAUACGGAAACUGAAGGAUCGUUCGCCGGAACAUCCAUCGUCGCAAUCGGCUAGUCCGGCUCCCGGGCAAGUGGCGGGAGUCAACGGGAAACCAUCGCUAGCAUCACAGAUAUCUGCCCUGCGCUGUCCACGGAAUAUGCGUACCCGCGGGUUGGCAUUCGUCGAAGAUGAUCCCGAACUGGAGAAGAUCGCGCGGAUUGCUGUGGCGCUGAAGGAGCUCUGCAUCGAAAUCGCCAGCUUGAAAGAUGAAAAAGGUCAGCUAUAUCAGAACCGCUUGGCACCGCCAUCCAAGAAGAAGGUCCCACUGUACUACGAACGAAUUCCGCGUCCGAUCGAUCUAGCCCAGAUUCAGUCUAACAUCGAGCAGGGUUCGUACAAGCAACCGAAACUGUUCGAAGAUGAUCUGCUCAUCAUGUUUGGUAAUGCAGUUAAAUACUACGGUAUCAAUUCGGCGGAAGGAAUCGCAUCGCAAAAACUGAAGGAACACUACUACACUUGCAAGCAGCGCCAGGUGGACAAACUGAUUGCUUACGUGGGGGAGCAGAAUGAGCUACUGAGAGGAUUUAUUCCGAAGACAGAACCGGAAACGAUUGUCCCAGUGAAAGGUCGGGGCAAGUUCAAGCAGGAACAACCGGAGGAUAUUAUUCGAUGCAUUUGUGGUCUGUUCAAAGACGAAGGGUUGAUGAUUCAGUGUUCCAGAUGUUUGGUUUGGCAGCACAUUGAGUGUACGAAGGCAGAUCCAGCGGUGGAUAAUUAUCUUUGUGAAAAAUGCUUACCUCGGUCAAUAAACUACGAAAUUCCUCUGAACGAUUUUACAGAGGAAGGAUAUCAGUACUACAUUUCACUGAUGCGAGGAAAUCUGCAAAUUCGUCAAACCGAUACGGUGUACGUACUGCGAGACAUCCCAAUGGCUCCAGAUCCGAACAAUCCGGAAGGUCCUCCGAGAAAGCAUACCUACGAAACCAUCGGUAAAGUGGACUAUGCUGAAUGUGAUAUCUUUCGGGUGGAAAGCCUCUGGAAGGAUAAGGAAGGUCGCCGGUUUGUCUACGGUCAUCACUAUUUGCGUCCGCACGAAACGUACCACGAACCAACCCGACGAUUCUAUCCCAAUGAGGUGAUGCGGGUACCACUUUAUGAAGUGAUUCCGAUAGAACUGGUGAUGGAUCGUUGCUGGGUGCUGGAUCCGGCCACGUUCUGCAAAGGAAGACCAGUGGACAGCUCCGAACCGCACGUUUACAUCUGCGAGCUGCGAGUGGAUAAGAGUGCUCGGUUAUUUUCGAAAAUCUCCCGCCAUGCGCAUCCGGUUUGCAUGAAAUCCUAUGCAUUCCACAAAUUUGAGGAGAAACUGAAAAUUUCCAAGACAUUUGCGCCUCAUGAUCUAGGUUCAUUGUCUCAUCUGCUAACCGCCAAGGACAACCGGAGGAAAGGUUCUAAGAAGGAUGAUGCCAACUCGACGACCUCGGCAACGCCUACCGUAGGUUCGAAGAAGAUGACACCAGUUAUGCAGCUGCUACCACCUCCACCGAAGACUGACAGCAACAGUCCUGAUGGGGCGCUCAUACUACCUUCAAUCGAGACCCUUGCGGAGAAACGUAACCGAUUGGAAGAAGUUCUGGGCCGCCUGAUGACAAAACUGAACACGAAUCCGGCUGCCUUACCCGUGGUGGACAUCAGCUAUCUACUGACCGGACGGGGGGCACGUCUCCGAAGAACCAUCGCCAAUGCCACACCGGUUCCAAUUAUUUGAGAGUGGGUCAAAAAGCGUCGGAAGCGUCGCAAAUGGAAACGCUAUUACGUCUAAUCAGCGUACAUCCGCCGUCUGCUCAUACCGCAGAUGGUUGGAACUUUUGUUUUCUAUUAGGAUUAAUCUUCGCAUCAAUUGUGUAUAUACGGGCCUACAAAGGGAUCCAGUAAGAUACUUUUCUUCUGGUUCCGAGCCUUCAUUGAGAGUUUUUUCAUCAUCUGAAAUUAAGUUAUUUCAAUUAUUUAUGACAUUUUUGCAGAGUUUUGUUUAGAAUAAAUGAACAUUGUUUUGUUUAUAUAUUGUUUUUUUUUAUAAUUUUUUCUAAUGAUGAAUAAUGAUUUAAUUAUACUUACUCAAUUUUUAGUUACGUCUUAGAAUAUUUGUUAUAAAAAGUUGUGUUAAUUGAUCGAAUAAAAUACAAAAUAUAUGAAAAUUCUUACAAUCAAGAGUUCAGAUCACAAACUAUGACAAUUUGAAUUAUACUCAUUCAUGCAGUUGAGCUAGUAUUACAACACUAAACAAAACUGACACUAACUGCUACUGGUUGAUUAACUUAUUACUAGCUUAAGACAAACAUAGCCAGAAAAAAAACAGGUAACUUCUCAAAGUUUUUUUGGCAAUUGUAAGAAUACAUUUUCAAAACGAACUGAGCACUAGAAAGGGUAGGCAAAGCAAACGUAUAAAGUAAUAUAUUUAAUGAACAUUUUUGGUUGGUAGAUUGAUAUAUAAAUAUGAGAAGAUUUUUUACGUAGAAGAGCAGCGCAAAAUUUUCGGAAUGAUGAGGUAAAUUGUACUAGGUAAACACACUCUCGCUUACUCAAAGCAAAAAUGAAACAGAUUUUGGUAGAACUACGCUGUUAAACCUGCUGUGAAGAAGAUGAAAACGAAGAUAAUUCAAUUUUAAA